GGUCCUUUGGACUGUAAAGCCUCUAGGCAACGAUUAUAAUUCAAAUGUGCUACUCGUCUCAAACGGUAUAGACGGAUAACCGGACAACUCGGCGUUUCUAGACUGUUCAAGAAACAGGUGAGAGAUGCAGGAGUGUCUCUGAUCAGAUGUCAGAUUAAAGACCUUCUUAGAACACUAUUAAUAAUAAACAGUUUUACACAAAGAUCGUGAUUUAUUACGCUACAUGUAGGACCACCCAAGUUAACCCCAGUUUUGAUUCAUCUGAAAUGCAUUCAAGAAUGGAGUAAGUUGUAAAGUCCAAUUCCUAUCAUGCUAUUAACAACAAAAAAAAAGGUUGGACAGGAACCAUCCCGAUGAAAAGUUCAACGAACGGAAGCAUGUAUGCAUUUUUGCUUAUCUAAUUGCCGCCAGAGCGUGUCAUGACAAUUUUUGCAGUUGCAUACCGGCUUUUUAGCCUUCAGUUGCAAAAUAAAUCAAAACAACCAUUACUACUGUGCAGGCGUGAUCGUUCAGAGCAGGUCUCGCACGUUUUCCCACACCUUCGGUAUUCGUUUGGCCCGCACACUACAGCAUCACACCGAUGGCUAAUGAUAAUUCACACGGUGCAUACAUGCAGAUAGCGUUUGGCUGGAACAUCUUUGCUUAUCUCGCGCCUAGGUGGUGCGAGGCGUUAGAUAUCGUUCCGGAGGUUCGGGCGUAUGUUUGCGGAAAGCUACGAUAAAAUCCCGCUCUAUGUAAGCAUUGGCUCCAAGCGACAAAUGAUUCAGUGCGCGAGAUCAUGUCCCCAGUCCCGGACAUGGCAGCGGUUCAGUGCGAAGUGAUCAAAUAUUACAUCGAAUUCAAGCGUCAGCCAGUAGUUUAAGUUAACUUAAACACCAAAGUGAAGCACGUGCACCAUGCGAGCCUCUCGAGUUCCUCCCGAUGGAGGCUAUGGAUGGGUGGUUGUGGCCGGUGUGGCCCUAGUGAAUGUGUUCAAUCAAUCGUUAGUGUCGGUUUUCGGUCUCAUGUUUGCCGAUUACCUCGCAAGCCUCGGAGAGCACGCUUUUGGUGCUGCAUUGGUGAUGAACGUGUGUAAUAUUUCGCUCAACUUUUCCGGCCUAAUUACCGGCCCCAUUAUCAAGCGGUUCAAACCAAGGAAGGCUGCCAUUCUGGGGAGUUUGCUGACCGGCAGUGCGCUAACGUUAUGCUCGUACAGCACCAAACUGUGGCAAAUCGUGCUGUCGUACAGUGUGACCUUUGGGUUCGGUCUGGGACUCAUACAGUCUUCCACAUUCGUAGCUCUCAACUCGUUCUUUCGCCUCCGAAAAGGCCGUGCAGUGGGCUUUGCACUCGCAGGAACAGGAGUCGGUCAAAUUUUGAUGCCUUUGCUGGUGCAAUUUCUUCUGAGUAACUUUAACUUUAGGGACGCCACUCUCAUCAUCGGUGGAUUAGCUUUUAAUGGGGUGGUUGGUGCUUGUUUGCUCCAGCCGGUGGAGUGGCACAUGACGGAAAGCUUCACGGAAGAUGGUCGAGAAAGCCAACCGUUGCUUGCACCAGACAAACCAACCAAACAGGCGAAUGGAACUGCUUGUCGCAAACCGUCCUGUGGUUGGGCAAAGCUAGCAGCGCUUAUGGAUUUUGCGAUCCUCAAGCAAGUGUCCUUUUUGAACCUGAUCAUUGGCCUUGGACUCGCAUACACGGCGUCGACAAGUUUCUCCCUAUUUUUCCCCUACUUCCUACAGAAAUCAGCUAAUCUUACCAUGCUUGAGGCUGCCAACUGCAUGUCAGUGCUGUCCACGACCGAUCUUAUCACAAGGAUAACUGUUCCAGCGUUUGUGGACAAAAUGCAGUUUUCGCAUCGAACAACGUUCCUUCUUGCAGGUAUCUGUCUGGUAGUGGCCCGUUCCGUGAUGGCCGAGAUGCGUUCCUUGAUACCGCUUAUGGUCACAUCGGCCUUCUACGGUAUCUUCCGCUCGAUCACGAUCGUGAACCAGAACCUAACUGUAGCGGAAUACUGCAGCGAGCGACAGAUCGAGAAGAUGCUCCCGAACGCGCUUGGGUUCAACAUGGUGACGAAGGGCAUUCUGGUGCUGAGCCUUGGCCAAAUACUUGGAUGGUUUGCCGACUUCACCGGCAGCUAUUCACUAAACUUGCACGCACAAAACUUACUGCUCGCCACUACCUGCGUGCUUUGGUUGUGUGAAAUGUAUUUUAAAGAUGAUAACUAACACCACGGUAGUUCUCUUGAUAGUUUUAGGAGCGUAUUUUGUAGCUGUACGCUGAAGAGAUAAAGUCUAAAAUAUAUAUGCGGUUUUUAUACUUCAGAGGGAAA